CCUCCAAUCAAGUCGCAGGCUUCGAGGUCCUCCUCCUACUCCUCCUCACCACCAUCAUCCAGAAGAUAGAUAGCUGUCUUCUUCUUCUUAUCUCAUCUCAGCAUCCAAGCAUCAUCUCUUCUCUCUCGUUAAGAGCAUCAUCAUCAUCAUCGACUUCUGUCUGACCUCCGACUGUUUUGAUUUCUCUGAGAAAAAGAUUCUUCCUCUUCUGAUUCUUUUCGAAUUGCCUAUUUAAUCCCUUGUUCUCUUUCCUCGUACUUAUUUCAUUCCAUUUUCUCUCGAUUUUUUUUAUUGUCAUUUCUCUCAUCUUCGUCGUUCGCACGAGUACCAUUAUGUUCUUCAAGGCCCCUGUGGUUCCUGUUCCUGUUGCCGUUGUUGCCGUUAUUCUGGCCGCGACGGGCACAGCGAUUGCCAAUUUCAAUUAUGGCCCCCCCAAUGUGGGGCUCCCCGGACCAGUCGGUCCCGCAGUUCCUGUCGCCUAUCCUCCGAUGCCAUACAACUUCGGAUACGGCGUGGCGGAUUCUUACACCGGCAACGACUUCGGCCACAGCGAGGCCUCCGACGGGAACGCCGUGAAGGGCACAUACUACGUCCUCCUCCCCGACGGCAGGAAGCAGGUCGUCACUUACAAGGCGGAUUACAGCGGGCUACAACGCAGAGGUGGCCUAUGAGGGAACAGCCAGCUACCCGGUGGCUGUCGGCCCAGGUCCUCUUGGACCUGUGGGUCCCAAACCAGGUUAUGGCAAAUAGGAAUAAAGAGAAAAUAACGCUAUAGAUACAGGGUCAUUUUAGUCACUUCUUUCUCCCAUAGAUUUCCAGGUUUUUUUAUGUAAAAGAAAAAAAAUGAGUAUUUUAUUCCAAAUUUUAUAUGUAGAAGUAAAAAUAUGUAUUUUAUCUAGAUUUUAAAUGUAGAAGAGAAAAAAUUGUAUUUUAUAUUAAUAGAAAAAAAUGUACAUUUAGAUUUCCAGUUUCUAUAUGUGAAAGACAAAUUGUAUAUUUAGAUAUCAAAUUUUAUAUGUAAAAAAUAUUUAUAUUUAGAUUUCCAACUUUUAUAUGUGAAACAAAAGAAGUGUAUUUAGAUUUCCAAAGUGUAUACUUACAUUUCCAACUUUUAUAUGUAAAAGGAAAAAAUUUAUAUUUAGAUAUUUUUAGGCAGUUUCUUAGGUAUCAUUUCAGAAUCUGGAAAUCUCUGUGAUCUUCUGUAAUCCCAUAGCAGCGUUCUUCUUGUAUAACGAAAGAGGUUGAUUUGUGAAUACCUCUGGCAGCCAUUUUUAUACCUCUCAGCUCUUACGUGUUUGUGUUUAUGAAUGAAUGUGUCAAUGGAUUUCAAGUUUCAAUGCAGCUGGUAUGUUGCAGAAUCGUGUCUUAAAUUUUUUUUUUUUUUUUUUAUCUAUGACUGCUUACAUGGAAGAAAGAAUAGUAUUUUAAAGUGGUGUGUAUUUUGUCAUUCCUUCAGAUGACAGAUAAAUCUGUGUUCAUAAUCAUAAGCUUCUAUGUGUUAGUAUAUCUUUGGAAUAGUCAUUUUUGUAUUCAGAUAUGUUUGCUGGUAUCUUUGGUAAAGGUAUAUUUUUGUAUUAAGAUAUGCUUGCGUGUAUCUUUGGAAAAGGUAUUUUUGUAUGAAGAUAUGCGUCACUGCUUCAGUGGAAAAGGGUAUUUUUGUGUUUAGAUAUGUGUUACUGAUGUGUGGAAAAAGAUAUGUGUUGUAACUGUAUCUUUGUAAUAAGUAAUUACGUAUAAAGAUAUUGCCUUUCUUGCAUGAGAAUCAAGCGAUGAUAUUGGUAUACUGUAUAAAGAUAUUGCCUUUCUUGCAUGAGAAUCAAGCGAUGAUAUUGGUAUACUGUGUAUUGUAAUUUGAAAAAUGUCCUUAAUUGUCUAUUGAUUGUACCGUUCUGAUAAAUCCAUGAUGCUUUAAAUUUAGUGUUUUGUGAAGUUCAGUCAAAGUUUUCCCCAUAUGUUUGGAAUUUUCAGAGCCGUGGGUGUCUUGUGUAUACUAUGUAUCAUGCGUUAUGGAAUGUUUUUAUGCAUGCGCACUGAAUCGCGGUCAGCUGUAUCAGUGAUAUACUCCUGCUACGUGUCUUAGGUUAAACUCUGAGGAUAUACCGUCAAUAAAUCAUAUCUAGUCUUC